AUGGUCUCGCUUACAACUAACACCAAAAGGAAAAAGGAAGAUGUACUCAAUUCACUGGUGAAGAAGGCUAGACGCUCCACUUCGUCACGAAUACUAAGCUCUUACCAUAGCUUACCAGACUUGAAUGAGCGCCCGAAUCAAAAAUGUAUGAAAAUGCUGAUAUUUGUGUGGGGAUCAGGAUCAAUGUGCGAGUUAGGCCUUGGUCCUGACGCGCUGACUAAAGAAGUAAAGCGCCCAAGAGCAAAUCCCUAUCUUUCUCCGGCGAAAUUGGGCAAAGAUGUCGGUAUAGUUGACUUUGCAGUUGGCGGAAUGCAUGUAUUGGCGUUAGACUCGAUGAAUCGGGUAUGGUCGUGGGGCAAUAAUGAUUGCAAAGUACUUGGACGCGACACUACCAAAGUGAAAGAGAAGCUCAAAUCUGUUGACUCUGACUCAGAUGAUGAAGACGGUGACUUAAAUGAAGCGGAGUCCACCCCAGGAUUGGUUGAGGAUUUACCUCAGAAUGGCCUAAAGGUAGUACAGCUACUUGCAACUGAUAACUUGAGUGGGGUUCUUUACGAGAAUGGUGACGUUUACACAUGGGGAACUUUUAGAGGUAACGAGGGUCUUCUCGGUUUUGACAGCAACACUCAAGUACAGGAAACACCGUGUCGCAUGUCCUCUCUCAAAAAUAUAGUGCAGCUAGCUGGAGGUAAAGAUCACGUCUUGGCAUUAGACACCAAGGGAAUCGUCUAUGCUUGGGGCAACGGCCAGCAGUUCCAGCUUGGAAGAAGAGUUUUAGAAAGACAUAAAUUGACUGCUCUAUCUCCUCAACAAUUCGGUCUCUAUGACAUCAAAUACAUAGCAUGUGGUGACUAUCACUGUUUUGCCGUUAAUCUAAAUGAUGAAGUUUUUGCUUGGGGGCUUAAUCAAUAUGGACAGUGUGGUAUUUACGGUGAAAAUGAACUUGAAGAUGGAUCACUCGUUACGAAGCCUACUAAGGUGAGCGGCAUUUCAGGUAAGGGCGUCGUAUCAAUAGCUGGUGGUGAACAUCAUUCAGUAGCGUUGAUGAAUACUGGUACCGUAUUCACUUGGGGCCGUUUAGACAUGCAAGAACUCGGGAUCCCAUCACAAAAGCUACCACUGUACACUUAUCGAGAUGCUCAUGGACGAGCUAGAUCAGUGCCUUUUCCGACUCAAAUCCAAAUUGGUGAAUCUACUGACACCAAGGUCAAGGCAAUUGGAACAGGCUCGCAUCAUUCUUUUGCAGUCACCGAGGAAGGAGUGGUAUAUGCUUGGGGAUUUGGAGACACGUAUGCACCGGGAUUAGGUCCUCUUGAUGGUGAUGUCGAACUACCAACAAAAAUCUAUAACACUGCAACGAAAGACAUGAAAAUAGAAAUGAUAAGUGGCGGGGGUCAAUUUUCAGUAAGUGGUGGGAUACCUUCUAGCAACGAGGACAGAAUUCCGCCCUCGAGCUCAACAUAG